GAUCAGCCAUCUGUCCCUUGCGGUAAACAGUGCUGUCGACCAUGAAUUCUCCUGAUCCAGGUUCUCCGAUCUCAACUGAUUCAUCUGAUUCACCCCCACCCGAUGAUUUCCAGUCCGUGCCAAGUGGAUCGAGUGCCCGCGAGCCUCACACAUCGUUCCUCCAUUCUGCCACGACCCACAUGUUGGGAAACAUCACGUCGAUGAUGCCUAGCCCUGGGUCUAAGCGCCGUCUGCCUGGCGGUUCUUCCUUUGAUGGUCCUUCACGGAGAGAUGCAAAGACGAGGAGACGAGAGGAUGCAAUGAGCAUGAUGGGAACUUCCCGCCGAAUGACUGAAAGCCAAAAUCAAAAUGCAGGAGGAGGUAGCUUUGGACCGACUACAAGUAAUGCUUGGGGAGCAAAGGAACACGGGAGCAGGCGUGAUAAGGAAGACCUUGUUGAUAUUUUACUGGCAGAGCAACUUAGAAAAGAAUUUGGAGAUCCAUUCUUGGAGACAGCGAUUAAGAGCCUGAGCUGAUCGACGCACUCCAAUUAAGUCGUUUCCCCUAGUUGGUGAGGAAUGGUUCUUGUCUGAAGUUCCCAAUGAAUUCAUUACGCCACAUAGCCGCUCAUAUUAUUGUCAUUCGAGUGGCAUUCCCGACUUGUCUUCGUUCUUUGGUAGCGUCGAAUUCGCAUGACUCUUACUUCCAUAUCAGCCCGUCACCAGUGUAAGAUUAGCACCCAUGUUGUGAAAUCCAUUAUCAUCAUCGCAUUCCUGUCAC